GUGGUGUCAUUCAAGUGAAACAAACGCACAUCGCGUGGAGAUUGAUGAGUAAAGACGUAUCAGAGGAUGGUUAUAAACUGACUCGCUUUUCCGAUUUAAACUAACUCGCUAGCGAGCUAUGCUUGCCGCGGUUUAUUAUGAGCGGUGGUCGCUUUGACUUUGAAGAUGGUGGAACUUACUGCGGAGAAUGGAAAAACAGCAAGGCUCAUGGAUAUGGCAUCUGUACCGGACCCAAAGGACAAGCUCGUUACGAAGGCUCUUGGAACAACGGCUUCGAACUCAGCGGAGUUUAUGUUUGGCCUAACGGCCAUCGCUUUGAGGGUGAAUGGCUCGAUGGACGGAGACAUGGACUUGGCGUUGAAUAUCGAGGAAAAUGGACUUACCAAGGCGAGUGGGAGGAAGGUUUCAAAGCACGUUACGGCGUGCAGAAGUCUCAGAGCGGGGCGCGCUAUGAGGGAAGUUGGACGUCUGGACUACAAGAAGGUUAUGGAAUCGAGAUUUACGCCGAUGGAGGGUAUUACUAUGGGCAGUGGAAAACAGGAAUGCGAUCUGGAUAUGGUAUCCGAAGUGGCGAGGUUAAGCGAGAAAGCAGCAGUACAAAGCAUUACAGACGUUGUAUUUCUAGACAGUCAACUGUGGAUAAUUUUAAAUCUAAUGGUGUUGUACCAAACAGUAGUCAGAACAGUAGAACAUUUGCACGUCACCACAAGACACCCUCACAGACUUCUGAAACGCAGUCACAUUCUCCCAGAUCUACAAGUGAUCCAGAGAAUGCCAGUCAAAAUGGAUCAGUAAAUAGUACAGUGGGAAGUGGUUCAGCUCAGUCCUACACAAUGGAAACUGUGGAUUCAAAUGGACAAAUUGAAAGGGCAAACACUCGCUUGAUAGAGACAUAUAGAGGUGAAUGGAAGAAUGACAAGAGGCAUGGAUUAGGUAUCGUAGAAGAUACUGAUGGGUUCAGCUACAUGGGCGAAUGGAGUGAAAACAUGCGCCAUGGUUUGGGUGUAGCCACUUUUCCAGAUGGAACAAAACUAGAAGGGGAGUGGAAAAAUGAUGAGUUGCUUACAGACAAUAAAAAGAAGGGUCCACUAGUUUCUCUCGUGACAAGAUUUAAACAAAGGCUGAGAGUAAUUUGUGAGGGAGCACAAGAUGCUACAGAAACAGCAGAACAGAAAUCUCAGAUUGCACUGUCAAGAGCUGCGGCAUCACGGGAUAAAGCUGGAGAUGCAGUUGGUGCUGCAGAGAAUGCCGUUUCAGCAGCGGCAAUCGCUCAGAAGCGGGUCCGUGCCAUCAUGUCCAAGAUGAAUGACAAAACUUAGAAUGUUAGGUGGCACUUAGAUGUGUUGGAAGAUAUUAAGGCAGUUUUGCAGUAGAGAUGUCUUAAGCACCUCACUCAUGGUUCACGGCUGUUUCAUCAUUGUGCCUUACCACAACAUUAGUAAAUGCUGAUUCACAAAGUUGGCUUAUGUGGUAAUCCCCAUUCAAGUGCUUAAACUCAUAGAAAUCUGCUCACCUAGCAUGGUUGGUGGCUAGGAAAAGUCAGCAGUGUCCAGUUACAUGUAACACCAUGUUGUUUUGUGACUAAACAGCCAGCAAAGCUUCCAUGCAAGUAUUUACAGCUUAGCUACAUGUAGUAAGUCAUAAUAUUAUCUAAUAUUGUAACAGUUGUAAAAUCAAGUGCGGCUUGUAGAUGAACAUUACAUACUGGCUUCCUUAAGAAGUUCAGAAUUUGUUUGAUGGAUUAGAGGUAGAGUUAGUUGAUUGUUUAUAAUACUAUGGAUUAUUGGUAGAAUUGCCAUCGAUUGAUGUUGCAAUUUUGCGCCAAUUCAGGAAAAGUAUUCUCUGUAGCUGUCAAUGUAUGAAAGAUGAGGACAGUCACCAUAUUAAUGCAGCAAUUAAGACAUUUGAACUUUUUCCAAUUGGAUUUUUUUCAAGACUUCAUGGUUUUGAAAGUGUUUUGUUUCAAUUACAAUGUUCGCUUACUAAGAAAUGUUAUAUAUACAAGGCUAAAAAGUUAAAAGAGAUUAAAACCAAAUGUUUUCGGCUGUUUGCCAUCAUCAGGGUUGGUUUCGUUUGGUUUUAACCUUUUUUAACUUUUUAGCCUUGUUUAUGUAAUAUUUCGAUUAAAACCUUUUGUCAUAACUUUUGGCAGAUAAGUAACUUAAGGAACGUUUGAUUUAGAAUUGAAUUUUUUUAAAAUUCAGGUAUGAAGAUCUUAAGUAAACAUAAAAUGUAUUAUUCUAGGACCUGAAACCUCACAUUUGGUACACAAUUCAAUUUUACUAUGGUGUACAGUAUUACUACCUUUUGUUGAGUUUAAUACAGUAUUUUUGUGUGUGAAAGAAUUUUUUGAAAUUGUUGUGUUUUAGUAUGGCAUUCUAAGAAUGUCUGAAAUGAGGAGUAAAUUCACAGUCCAAGUAAGCAUAUGUAGGGCAUAUUGAAAAAGCUUUAUUGUGUGUAAUCUUGAAAAAUUUUCAUUUGCAAUUUGUGUUAAGUGUCCCCAUCACUUAAGUAGUGUUUCUUUCUUAUGUGUUAAUAUUUUGUGCUUUUUUCCAAUUUCUGAUGGCUUUGUAGAAAUUAAUGAACAAAGGGAAGUGUUUUGACUAACUGAGCUGCUUUCAACUACAGUGUAAAUGGUUCCCCAGCAGGAAUAUUUUGUUGGUUUGUUUUUAAACCAGAAACGUCAGGCAAUACAAAAGUGUAAGCACAGUGAGUGUGGAGGUAAUGCUCUGGUAUUGCAUAUAUUCAUUUUUGCAUUUUCCUCUUUAGAAUGCCUCUUAUAGCUCCUUUGACUGAUCAAAUGGCACUUGAAUGUACUCAGGUGCAUAUUUUUGGCCAAAAGAAAUGUGCCUAAGCUAGCUUAAUUUAUUUCUGUAUGUGUUAUAUUAAUUUGUAAAUACAUGCCCCCCCCCCCCCAAAAAAAAAAAAAAUUUAAGGGUAAAACUUAUUCCUUAAUUUCUGUAUUUUUAAUAAGUAUUCAUCUUUACCAUGAUGAUUCAUUUGUAUAAUGCAAUUAGUGAACAUCGGUUUAAGUUGUUGUAGCAAACUUUUGUGAAGGUGUUUGGACAAGGGAGACAUACAGAAAGUGAGGUAAACUGAUUUUACAUUCUGAAUGAGGUGUCAAAUUGUUCUUUUCAACCUGUAAUUGACCUGUUUCACAAUUAACAAAUGUACUGAUCUUUGGUCUAAAUUUCCCUUGUCAGUAAUUUUUUAAUCAUUUCCUAUGUAUGGAAUACCUAGUAGGUGAUCUAGAUGUAAGGACCUCAUAUGACCUAAACUCAACAGCUUUGCAUUAGACUAAGUUAACAUUUUCUUAGGUAAAGUGUUCAGUGUAUUUCUUAGAACUUAUUGCGAUAAAGGGCUUACAAGUCAAUGGAACUAUUUUGGGAAUGUAUAGCAAACCCAAAGCAAUUUCAAAAAAUGCUUGCUUUUAGUGAUUCAGUAAUAUUGUAGAGUUCAUAAAAUUAGUUUUUGGAGCUAUUGAUAGCAGAGGUUAGGCCUGAUUUUGACAAACAAUCUAGUAAAGUGUUUGUGAGCAGAGAGGAUAUCUUGGGAAAAUUGCACAGGAUGGCAGUACACUUUGCUUUGUAAGAGAACUGUUGCCAGUGAUUUGGUGUAACCAGUUGUAAAUGCAUACACCUUGCAGUGUCCUUGAGGUUAAAAUAGUUAUUUUAGAAGAGGUAAGAAAAGACACCAACCACUAGAAGUAAUAUGGAUUUAUUUUUGUAUCCAUUAGCUGUGAAUUAGAAAAUGAAGGGAAUAAAGUAUUUUUAUAGUGACAGA